CCCGGCGGCGGGACUUCCUCCGGCCCCCCUCGCGGUCCUCCCGGAAGUGGGGCGGUCCCCACUCUGGCCGCGCCGGCUCCGCCCUUCUGGCCAUAGCCCUUCCGCUUCUCGGCUUCUCCUAAGUUUCUGCAGCCACGGAGUGGGGCAGGACCCCAAAGCCGGGCCUUCUUCCCAGGGUAGCUCAUUUACAGGACCUGAGAUGCUGUGUUGCUGCUCUCCGUGAGCUGGUCACCGAGUCUGUCUGCUGCAGCCUUUUCUGAAUCCCUGUCGAGGCUCUGCUGUGCUCCUUGCCCAAGAUGAAGUGCGUUUUGGUGGCCACAGAAGGUGCAGAGGUCCUCUUCUACUGGACGGAUGAGGAGUUUGAAGAGAGUCUCCGGCUGAAGUUCCGGCAGCCGGAGAACGAGGGAGAAGAGCCUCCCGCCCUGGAGGACCAGCUCAGCACCCUGCUGGCCCCAGUGAUCAUCUCCUCCAUGACGAUGCUGGAGAAGCUUUCAGAUACAUACACCAGCUUCUCGACGGAAAACGGCAGCUACCUGUAUGUCCUCCACCUGUUUGGAGAAUGCCUGUUCAUUGCCAUCAACGGAGACCACACGGAAGACGAGGGCGCGCUGCGGCAGAAGCUGUGCGUGCUCAAGUGCCUGUUCGAGCUGCACUUCGGGCUGGUCACGGUGGACGGCCAGCUCAUCCGAAAGGAGCUGCGGCCCCCAGACCUCGAGCAGCGCAUGCGAGUGUGGGAGCACUUCCAGAGCCUGCUGCGGACCUAUGGCCGCCUGCGGGAGCAGGAACAGUGCUUCGCUGUGGAGGCUGUGGAGCGGCUGAUUCACCCCCAGCUCUGUGAGCUGUGCAUAGAGGCCCUGGAGCGGCAGGUCGUCCAGGCUGUCAACUCCAGCCCCGAGAGGGCCGGCGAGGAGGCCCUGCAUGCCUUCCUGCUCGUGCACUCCAAGCUGCUGGCUUUCUACUCCAGCCACAGUGCCAGCUCCCUGCGGCCAGCCGACCUCCUCGCCCUCACUCUCCUAGUCCAGGACCUCUACCCCAGUGAGGGCACGGCGGAGGAUGAUGACCCUCAGCCUUGUCCUCGGAGGCCCCGGAGCAGCCAGAACAUCCCCAUGCGGCAGGCCCGCAGCCCGGGUUCCCCAGCGCCCACCAGGAGGAGUUCCGCAGCAACUGACACUGACAGCCUCUCCCUCCCUGAGGAGUACUUUACACCGGCUCCUUCCCCUGGGGAGCAGAGCUCAGGCAGCACUGUGUGGCUGGAUGGGGGCACCCCACCCACCGAUGCCUCCCAGAUCCAGAUGGCUGAAGACAGCCUCCAGACCCUGGUCCCUCACUCCCCAGUCCCUUCCAGCCCCAGAAGGAUUUUCCUGGAUGCCAGCGUGAAGGAGAGCUACUGCCCCAUGGUGCCCCACACCAUGUACUGCCUGCCCCUGUGGCCGGGCAUCAACAUGGUGCUCCUGACCAAGUGCCCCAGCACCCCCCUGGCCCUGGCCCUGUACCAGCUGCUGGACGGGUUUUCGCUCCUGGAGAAGAAGCUGAAGGAGGGGCAGGAGGCUGGGAGCACCCUGCGGUCCCACCCCCUCAUGGGGGACCUGCGCCAGAGGAUGGACAAGUUUGUCAAGAAUCGCGGGGGGCAAGAGAUUCAGAGCACCUGGCUGGAGUUCAAGAGCAAGGCCUUCUCCAGGAGCGACCCCGGAUCGUCCAGGGAGCUGCUUCAGGCGUGUGGGAAGGUGAAGCGGCAGCUUUGUGCCAUCUACCGUCUCAGCUUCCUGACCUCGGCUCCAGGCCGGGGGGGCCCACAUCUGCCCCGGCAGCUGCAGGACCAGGUCCAGACACUCAUGCAAGAGAAGCUGACAGACUGGAAGGACUUUCUGUUGGUGAAGAGCAGGAGGAAUGUCACCAUGGUGUCCUACCUAGAAGACUUCCCAGGCUUGGUGCAUUUCAUCUAUGUGGACCGCACGACCGGCCAGAUGGUGGCCCCUUCCCUCAGCAGCAGUAAAAGGACUUCCUCGGAGCUGGGCAGGGGGCCGCUGGCCGCCUUCGUCAGAACCAAGGUCUGGUCUCUGAUCCGGCUGGCGCGCAGAUACCUGCAGAAGGGCUACACCACGCUGCUCUUCCGCGAGGGGGAUUUCUGCUGCUCCUACUUCCUGUGGUUCGAGAACGAGAUGGGGCACAAGCUCCAGAUAAUAGAAGUGCCCGUCCUCUCGGAUGACUCGGCCUGCGUCGGCGUGCUGGGAGGAGACUACUACAGGAAGCUCCUGCGCUACUAUAGCAAAGGCCAUCCCACUGAGGCUGUCAAGUGCCAUGAGCUGCUGGCCCUCCACCUGUCGGUCAUCCCCACAGAUGUGCUGGUGCAGCAGGCCGGCGAGCUGGCCCGGCGCCUGUGGGAGACCUCCUGCAUCCCCUUGCUCUAGACCAGGCCACGGCACCCCAGCGCCAUCUGCGUGUGUGCCCUGGUCCCCUUGCACAGCACUCACCUAAGGGUAGGACAGUCCCGGGGUCUCUUAAACCCCCUAGACUAGUCUCCCCUCCAGAUAACAAACCCCCAGAUCGUCGUCUCUGGAGGAGGAGGGAGGCCAGAGAGAGUCCCUUGGCCUCCUUAAAACAGUAGUGGCUGUGAGGUUAGAACUGGGGCAGCCACUUUCAGAGCUGCCUCUCCAUCGACAGGAAGUCCCCAGUGCCUGCAGUGUCUGAAGAUGCCCCCUCGUGCUCCUCAUGCUGUGGGAGCACAGAAAGCUCCCCCAGGAAGCUGUUUCCUUCUCUACAUGAAAGAUGCCACUUCGGCUGGGCCAAUUCCCACUGCCACUUCCUCCCUGUGGCCCUGGGCGGGUUUCCUCCACCAUAGCCCCUACCUCUCAGGGCAGCUCCGAGGGCUGCCGGACAUUCAGCGAUGCUCAAUAAAUGCUGGCGGUGGUUGUUCAAGCCAUA